UUAUCAACACCACUCCUCACAAUCAUGUCUCUCGCUGACUACCUCGCAAAGAACUACCUCACCGCCGACGCGCCCGCCAAGAAGAGCAAGAAGCGCAAGCGCAAAGGUGGCAAGCAUGACGAAAAUGGUCUCAUUAUUGCGGACGACGACAUCACAGGCUGGAAUGAGAAGAAAAGGGCCGACCAAAGCGAUGAUGAGGCACCCGUGAUUGUCGGCAGCACCAUAAGCUCAACACCUUCCGCUACCUGGAAAACCGUCGGCGCCGCUGCCCCUUCCACGAAAUCUCAAAUUGCUCGCGACAAUGCCGCCGCCGCGGACGCCAUAAUCGCCGCUGCAGCGGACUCACGGACCGCCGCUGAAGCCGCCGAGGACGAGGCCCCGGAGAUGCUGGAUACAGAGAACAUCCUGAAGAUGGAGAAUGGCGCGCAUGCUGGGCUACAAACAGCCGCGCAGGUCGCGGCCGCCAUGAAAAAGCGCCAAGAAGAGGACAGAGCGAAAGCCGCCGACGUGGCGCGCGAGACAGGCGCUAUAGGAGCCGGAGAGACGAUAUACCGUGACGCGUCCGGGCGGAUCAUAAAUGUGGCGAUGAAGCGAGCGGAGGCGCGACGGGCGGCCGAGAAAGCGGAAAAGGAUAAACUAGAGGCAGAGAAGGCCGCGAAGGGCGACGUACAGCGGCUGGACGCCGAGAAGCGGAAGAAAGACUUGCAGGAUGCGAAGUAUAUGAAGUUGUCGAGGGGCAUAGAUGAUGUGGAGUUGAAUGAUGAGCUGAAGGAGCAGGAUCGGUGGAAUGACCCUGCGGCUGGAUUCGUGAAGAGCAAGAAGAGUGGCAAGAGCAGGACCGGAAGACCGCUGUAUAAAGGUGCGGCGCCCCCGAAUCGGUAUGGAAUCAGGCCUGGCCAUAGGUGGGAUGGGGUGGAUCGAGCAAAUGGGUUUGAGGGGCAGUGGUUCAAGGCGAGGAAUCGCAAGGGGGAUGUGGCAAAGAUGGAGUACGCAUGGCAAAUGGAUGAGUGAGGAGGACGUUUUGCUCAGGGUGAUCUUCACAUUUCCAUGGCCUCCAUAGGUUUCCAAUGGCGGCUGCUGCAAACAAACAGCCUGUGUGCAUUCAGAGUCGCGGUCCCCAUUUCCAUGGCAUGCGGAUCAAGCUGCAGGUCUGUCUGACAACAAUGUCUACCGAGGACAAUAUCAAAUAGCUCUUCACGCUCAUCUGGCCUAAGUGUUAUUUCAAGGAAGAGAGCAGGCCGACGUGAAUCCAGACAUGGCAGAAAUCAUGGGGGAUGCUGGUAAUGAAUUCGUAUUGAAAGCGAUAUCAAAGCGUAAUAUACUUGCUAG